ACCGGAGCCGGGGCGCUGCCAGCGCCGCCCCGCGUGGGACACAAAAGGAGCCGACAUCGCGGCGGCUGGAGAGAGCAGCGGGGCGGGGAGCCGAGCCUCCCUUCCGAGCCAGCCAGCGGCCUGGAGAGCGCCGCAGCCAGGUACCUUGUUGGGUGGUGGUUGUCUCUCCUCUGUCAUGUCCAGACGCAGCCAGCGCCUUGGGGCCACCCGCUAUUACCAGGGUGAUGAUGAUGGCAGCAGCAGUGGUGGCAGUUUGCUACUGGGUGGCCAGGAGCCUCCCUUUAGGGACAGUCCUUACAGGACUCUACGGAGGAAAUCAAGCAGCAUGAAGCGCCUCUCUCCAGUCCCCCACUUGGGACCUACCCCUGCCACCCAGACCUCCUACUACAGUGAGUCUGUGAUCAGUGAGUCCUACCUGGGCAGCAGCAGGGGACUUGCUGGUGGGGGCAGCGCGGCCUUUGAUGACCCACAGGACAGUGACUCCUACUGGGGUGGAGAGCUCUCUGCAAGGAGGAGGAGAAGAGGCACAGGAGGUACGGAGUCCAGUAAAAUCAAUGGGUUGACAGAGAGCAAGACUUAUGAUACCUAUGCCUCUUCAUCUGGCUACUCCUCUGAGGAUGACUAUGCAGGUCACUCUUCCUUGGACCAGAACAGCGCUGGUUCUGGUUUCAGAAAUGCCAUCUCACGAGCAGGCUCUUUUCUCUGGCUGGUGGUCACUUCUCCAGGCCGGAUCUUUGGACUGUUGUACUGGUGGAUUGGAACCACGUGGUACCGCCUCACCACUGCAGCCUCUUUGCUGGAUGUCUUUGUCUUAACAAGGCGCUAUUCAGCUCUGAAGAAACUCCUUCUGCUCCUCCUGCUGCUGCUGCUUCUGGCUUCCAUUGCUUAUGGUGCUUGGUAUUUCUACCCCUUUGGAUUCCCGAUGUUCUACCCUGCCAUGUUUUCUUGGGGAGCAGCAAAGCUUUCGCCCCCUGUUGCUGGGGAAGAGGAGGUGCUUAGAGCCGGGGAUUCAUCUGCGUUAUUUCGGGCAGAGCAGCAAAUCCUGUCUCGGUUUCAAACUCUGGAGAAACGUUUCCAGACCCUAGAGGCGGAGGCAUCCCGGCUGGAGAAGCUGGAGCUCCAGAGAGGGGUGGCAGCCGGGGGAGGCCUGACACACGAGGCCACCCUGACACUCCUGGAGGGGCUGGUGAGCCGUUCGGAGGCUGCAUUGAAGGAGGACUUGGCCCUGCACGUCCAGAGUGAGCUAGAUGCCAUCCAAGGCCAGCUGCAGAAGGAUUUAAAUGGGCGCCUGGAGAAGAUUACUCAGGCAUCUCAGGAGGUGGAGGCCCGGAUGCUCCAGCUGAAUUCAGAAUGGCAAAGCUCAACACAAGAGGGCCUGCAGGGGAGCUUCCAGCAGGAGAUGGGCAGGCUGGAGGCACAGCUGGCAGGCCUGAGGAAGGAGCUCACACUCUUGGCAUCUGACCAGCAGGCGGUGGUGAAGCACGUGGAGUCACUCCCAGGACAAAUCAAGGGAGUGCGGGAGGACGUGGAAGCACAGUUCCCCCGGUGGAUCAGCCAGUUCCUAUCACAGCCUGGGGAGGGUGGAGUGGGCAGCCUGGUUCUCCAACGUGAGGAGCUACAGGAUCAGCUCCAGAAGCUGGAGCGCAAAAUCCUCGUCAGAGUCUCUGAGGACCAGAGGAUGUCUGCACGGGAUGCCACGGCUAGCAUUGGGGUAGUGCUACAGCAGGAGGGAGUCACAGGUGUGACCGAAGAGCAAGUGCACCUCAUUGUGAACCAAGCCCUGAAGCGCUACAGCGAAGAUCGCACUGGAAUGGUUGAUUACGCCCUUGAAUCAGGGGGGGCCAGUGUUAUUAGCACCCGGUGCUCAGAAACCUACGAGACAAAGACGGCACUGCUGAGUCUGUUUGGGAUCCCCCUGUGGUACCAUUCUCAGUCUCCACGGGUUAUCCUGCAGCCGGAUGUUAACCCUGGGAAUUGCUGGGCUUUCCGUGGAUCUCAGGGCUUUGCUGUUAUCCGUCUGUCCAGCCACAUUCGCCCCACUGCUGUGACUCUGGAGCAUGUCCCAAAAGCCCUCUCGCCCCGGGACACCAUCCCCAGUGCACCCAAGGACUUUGCCAUCUUUGGUCUGGAAGAAGAAGGACAGCAAGAGGGCAUCAUUCUCGGACAGUUCACAUACGACCAGGAUGGGGAUCCCAUCCAGACGUUUCGCUUGGAGGGUGAAGAUGUGGGCACGUUCCAGGUGGUGGAGCUACGGAUUCUGAGCAACUGGGGUCACCCGGAGUACACCUGCAUCUAUCGCUUCCGUGUGCACGGGGAGCCAGUCCACUAAUCUCUCCGUGGCUCUCCCCUGCCCCCAGCUGGCUACCUCAGGUUCUGCGCCGGCCGCAAGCGACAACCAUGGCAGAGAGAGGUUGUCUCCAGAGAGAAUGGCAAGCCGGUUAAGGAAAUUCUUUUUGCCGCUUCUCUCAAGUCCCAGGGUGAGAGAGAGGUGAGGGAAUGACCACCCUUGGCAAACCUAGUCCCCCAUAUGCUUUUCUGUGCUGCCACUUCCAGAGGGAAGAGUUUGUAUUGGGUAGGGGGGAGGGGGAGGGAUUUUAGGGUUCAGAAGGUGGUGUGAUGGGAAAUAAGGCUCCAAUCCAGGUCAGGCCAGACAUUUUUUAAUUUUAUUUUUAAAUGAGUCUUUGCAGUCCAGACUCUUCCCCCACCUCCCUCUUCCUAGCCCCAUCCCUUCCAGAUGUUAAAGAAGACUAUAGCAUAGUGUCCCAAAUUUUAUGAACAAACAUUAUUAUUAUUAUUAUUAUAAUACAGUGGGGUGAAGGUGUGAUCUAUUUAUGGCAUCGUUGGCUGGAUAGGCGCCAUCUGAAUGUCAGAGGUUGGAGGGAGGGUGGGCACAUGACCAAAUAAUUUUGCACUAUUGUCCGUUUCCUUCCAUUAUUGGAUCAGUGGUUUGUUUUAGUUAGACCCAGUGGCUAGCUUGCCAUGGGUUGAAUUUGGAUCUCAUGACCCUGGAAAGUAGCUAACAGGCAUGUUAGCAGAGGGAAAUAAUAAUGAGGACACACAGACCUGUAUUAAAGGGUUAAUAUAUUAGCAAAAGACUGAGGUUUUAGUCCUUGAGGGAGAUGAUAAUCUAGUCUCCCUGGGACUGUGAAACAGCCUCAGCAAUGCAAACCUUGCACUCAGGUCAGUGUAUUAUAUAGUCAUCAAGAAACACCUUCCCUUCCAUCGCAGCUGAGUGCUAUUGGAUUUCACCAAUAUGCAAGGCUGUGCCCAGAGAGGGAGAUGGUCCUGUAUUAUUCCCACACACAUGUGGUGUUCUCACAUGUAAAUCCUCCAAUUAGUGCUAAACAUUCACAAGUCAAAAUGUCGGUGUAGAUGUCCUUUAGAACUCUUCCCUCCCCUCCCCCCGGCACUGUUUUUAGUAAUAAUGAAGGAUAUACUUUUCCAUGCAUGUAUAAUUAACCUAUAGAACUUUGUAUCACAACGGAUACCACUGAGGCAAAUCACUUAGAAUAAUGAAGGGCUAGCCACUUAGAGUAGCACUAACUAGAGUGAAAUGGCCAGGGCUAUUUAAUCCUCAGGCUUUGAGGUUUGAACUGAUCAGUAGCUAGGUUCAGGAGAAAAUUUCCCUCCAUGGGUGCUGCAUGAUCAGAUGCCAUGGCCCACAGUUGGAGAUGGAGUACUAGGCUCCAUGGUCUGGUAGCCUGCCUGCUUUUGCUUUUGGAAAACCCUAGUCAAAAUUAUAACAGUCUGUGGUGGGUGUAAAAAUAUAUAAUUACACCCCCACUGGUUUAUGUACAUCUGUAUAUAAGCAACUGUACAUAGGGGGGGUAGAGUGUAGGCUGUAGUUAUCCAGACAUGCGGGGUUUGUUGAUGGGGACACAAGGCAGAUAUGCGAGUAUUAGUGUGAUCACGGGAAGUGGCACAAACCCUGCAGGAUAACGGGGGAUACGAGACAAUAUUAUACAAGCUUUGGGGAUAACGAGCCUGACAGCUCUGAUGUGGGGCGAGGGUGGGGAAAGACAGCAGGCAGAGCAGAGGGUGUGGUGCCAAGGCUAGUUGAAGGGUGCUGUGACACAGAGCUUGUGGGGAUCACUGGAAGUAGGGGUGGUGAGGUAAGCCGGUGCAGCUUGGUUCAGAUUAGUAAGGAUCCUGCUGCCAGGCCUGCAAGGGAGAGUAGUAAUGGUGGUAGCAGUGGUUCCAGGAGGGGGCUUGUGGCUGAAGCUGGGACUGGCCUUUUCCCUCAGGGGAAGAUUGGGCAGGUCCGUGUCACAGCUGCCAUCCUGGGCUGAGGCAGUGUAUGGGGAUGGUUGGACAGGACACAAGUGGGCAGGGAGGGGCUGACAACUACCCCUUCCCAUGGAUUUAUCUGGGAGCAGGGAGACAGCACCAAGGCAGGAAUGGCCCCUCUCACCCAGAUCCAAAGCCACAAAGACCUCCCCAGGCUUAGUGUUGUUCCCAGCUGGCAAGAGGAGGAGGGGAGAGGGACCUGUGAACAGGCUGGCUGGAGCCUUAUAGUGGGUGUGGUGGUGAGAUUAUCAGCUUUGAGCCACAGGACAGAGUAGGAGCUCAUAUUUGUGGCCUUCAGAAGGUAAUGUGGCUGCUCAGAGAAGGGUUGUGUCUCUCUCUAGGUUUUGGCGAGCAUGCUCUGUUCUUACUUCAGCUUAUGUUUUGAAUUGGUUUUUACGUAUCCAUGUUUGUCUUCACUUUAUCUGAAAGAAAAGCCACGGGCUCACUUUGUAUCAGCCCCAUUUGAGGCUAGCACCCCCCCUCCUGAAUUAAAUUGGGGCUGUGAGCUGCAGAGAGUACUGAGCACGGAUUUUUGCCAGAUUGUCUCCAAAACCUGUUGAAGUCCAGUAGGGCUGGGAUGGUGUGAAGGGGACUCCUUUCCACAGCUGGCAAUGGGCUUUUUCUGGCCCACGUGUCUUGCCUUAAAUCAGCCGGAGAAGUCAGGCAGUCCUCUUGAUCUGCUCCUCCAUUGCUUCAUCAAGCAUGUGGCUCUGAUGCAUGUGCCCAUAGGGAUUGAGGGGGGGACAGCACCUCCCUUUGGAAUCAAUCACCACGCUCCUAAAUUGGCUGCAGGGGGUGGUGACUGGGUGACAAAUGGCUCCUACACCAGAUGCUGAUUGCCCCAUGGAAGUGCAUGUCCCGGUCCCUAGAACUCAGCGUCCACCUGCAAGGAACUUGGACUGGCAAUUGAAGAUGGGUUGACCAGGGCUUUACAAGCCCCUAAGAGCAGUGGACCUAGCCUCUGGUGCUUCUUUAAAAUCUGACUACUGAACCAACCCUUCCCCAACAUCUAGGCAUGUUGGAACAGUGAUGAAAGGGGAAAAGGUUCAUUAACUUUUCCUGUGCUCCAAGACCAGCUGUCAGAUUGUAGGGCAGAAGGUGUUUAAAAUUGCUGCAACUGCAGCCCUGGCUUUUAUCAACAUGCCAGGUAAUCAUGGUACUAGAUGCAGAAGAUGAGUACAGCAAGGUGGUAAUAAGUGGGGCAACAUCUGCUAAGGCAGAGCUUCUCUGUUUACUCCCCUUGAGCUGCUUCACUUAUCCCCCUUUCUCUCUUUCUUUCUCUGUGUGUGUACCAGGAAAGUGUUAUAAAUUAACCUUAAGCAAACCAAGCUGGGCACAAGCAGAUUAAUCUGUAUUUAAUUCUGUAGCCUAUUGCAAAUGCUGCACUGUUUUGUUUGUUUUUUAUCUACAGACUGUAACUUAUGCCUAUGCAAAAAAAAUCCAAGACAAUAAAUUAUGUCAAAACAGUU